UUACCUUCUCUUCGCUUCAAGGAGUUUUCCGAUAAAUUUUCCUUUCCCGAAAAUAUGAAACGAGAUUUAAUUUGCCCGGUUUGCCUUCAAGUCUUGGAUAAGCCAGUGGAAACCACUUGUCAGCACUACUUUUGUGUACAAUGCCUAAAAGGCUUAAUUAACAGUGGCCAAGGGGGUACAUGUGCUGUCUGUAAGGAGAAAGUUGGCCCUGUAAAAAUCCCUACACGAAUGGUACUAAAAUUAAUAGCUGAGCAGGAGAUAGUAUGUAAGAAAUGUGGCCAGACUGUGCACUACGAACACAGUUCAUCUCAUGUUUGUUCCAAUGACACUGCACCUGUUCCUGAACAGCCUCCUCCCCUUGAUCCCACCCAGACUUUGCAGCAAGUUCUAAAAGACGCUCAGGCUGGUAAUUUCUCACCAGAAGUGGAAAAAAUUUGCACGGCAUAUGUCAGAAGUAGAAUUAAAAAUGCCCCGGAUGGAAAAACUGUACUCUUCAAGACUGGUGGAAAGGUAACUUUAUGUUUUGAAUUUGUCCUGUAA